CUGUGGUCCCCAGCUGCUCCAUGAUGGACCUUGCAGAGUGAACUCCUCUGAGUCCGUGUCCCAGAGAGCCGACUGUGGCAUACGCUGUCCAACAGAUCUCACCCUUGGGGCCUUCGUGGACCUGCCCGCACAAGCCGCCUCUGUGCGUUUGAAUCGAGGAUCAUCUCUGUUGCCGUCAUUUACACACCAGAACAGAAGAAAAUGGGCGGUUGAACGGCUCUCUGCCCCUCACGAGGGCGGAGCUGGUGGCUCUUGGGAUGCCGUGUCCGUGUGUGGAGCGUGGUUAUCACGGAGCUGUCAGGAAGCAAGUUUCAGGGGCAGGGACCGUUAGAGAGCUUAGUCUUUGAGUCUGUUGACCUCGGCUGGAGUAUUCUUCUGCAAGAAACAGAUAAUUUCCACCUCACUCAAACUGGUUCAGAAUAGAAAAUAAUUAAAACCUUUCCCCAGUUUACUUAGCAAAGCCAGGGUAGCCUGAUACCGGAAUCUGAUAAAGACAAGAAAACCACUUCAAAUCCAGCGGCACUGAAAAAAAAAAAAAAGGAACCAAAAGACCGCCAGGACCCUGAGCAGCGGCAUCUUCGUGCCUGGAAAACGCUUGGCUCCCAGUCAGGCUGCCAGGCUUUGCACGCCAGCUGUGCUCCUUCCCCGCGUCAGGGCCUUGGACUUGCUGUGCAGCCUCUCCAGGGGCUGGUCUGCUCCUUGUGCGGCGGGGGUGGUGAGGGGGCCCACCCGCCAGGAAGGUAAUGGGUGCAGCGCUCCCCCCAGCUGUCUGCACGUGGGCUGGGGCUGUGCGGUCCAACAGCGCGGCUGUGCCACGUGGUCUGGGCAGCUAAUUAUUUCUAACAGAAGGCUCCGCUUCCACCGCGUUUUGGGGAACCAGGCUCUUCGGCAGAGCCCGAUCUGAUCUGGAAUGUGAGGAAGAAGUGAGGGCUGCUUGAAUCCUCUUACGUCUUCUGUCAGCCUCCUUCGCACGGACACAGCACCAAACUCACCACGAGAAACUUCUUCACAGAAUUCCAUCCUGCGGCUGUGUGCACGGCCCUGGGCACCGGUGCGCGGGGCCUUCCACGUCAGAAAGGUGGUCGGAGCCCAUGGGCGCCCCCGCCUCACCUGACAGAAGGGGAGCCCACGCACAUCUGCCCCAUCAGUGCUUGAAACGGGAGGUCCAGAAACCACUUCGCAGAGCCAAGAGGGGUGGCUGGGGGAAGUCUCUCUUCUCCUGCUGCUGCAGUACCAGAGGCAUGUUUGCAGGGCUGGACCUGAUGCGGCGCAGCCCUUGCAGGGGGCGUCCUGGGCCAGCAAGGUGGGGUGUCUGGCUCACAGCUGAAGGCCACCAGGCUCGCUCCGAGGACCGUCGUCAGGGGACCCGAGUCCCAGCAUGUCCAUCGUGCGUGGAGGAAGAGAGAGGAAGUGAAGUCGAGAGAGCAGCCGCUGGGAGACACAUUCGAACUCACUCUGGAGAACAGUUUCCAGUUUUCCACAGACAGAAGGUGCUGGUGCCCCAGAGGCCCUGCUCUCUGGCUCCGACCACUAGUAAAUCUGCUGCCAAGAAGAGGAGCCAUGAAUUCCUCAUUCCACCUGCAUUUCUUGGACCUCAAGCUGAAUGCUACGGAGGGCGACCUCUCGGGGUGGAACAUCAGGAACGCGUCCUUGCCCUGUGAGAAAAUGAGCAUCGCUGUGGAGGUGUUCCUCGGCCUGGGCCUCCUCAGCCUGCUGGAGAACAUCCUAGUGGUUGGCGCCGUCGUGAAGAACAAAAACCUUCAUGCCCCCAUGUACCUGUUUGUGUGCAGCCUGGCCGUGGCCGACAUGCUGGUGAGCUUGUCCAACUCCUGGGAGACCAUCACCAUAUACCUAAUCACCAACAAGCACCUGGUGCUGGCGGAUGCCUCCGUGCGGCACCUGGACAACGUCUUCGACUCCAUGAUCUGCAUCUCGGUGGUGGCCUCCAUGUGCAGCCUGCUGGCCAUUGCGGUGGACCGCUACGCCACCAUCUUCUAUGCCCUGCGCUACCACCACGUCAUGACGGGGCGGCGCUGCGGGGCCGCCAUCGCCGGCAUCUGGGCCCUGUGCACGGGCUGCGGCACGCUCUUCAUCAGGUACUACGAGUCCACGUACGUCAUCGGCUGCCUCGUUGCCAUGUUCCUCGCCAUGCUGCUGCUCAUGGCGUGGCUGUACACACACAUGUUCCUCCUGGCCCGGACUCACGUCAAGCGCAUGGCCACCCUGCACGGCUGCGGCUCCUGGCGGCAGCGUGCCAGCAUGAGGGGCGUGGUCACCCUGGCCAUGCUGCUGGGCGUCUUCACUGUGUGCUGGGCGCCCUUCUUCCUGCACCUCACCCUCAUGAUCUCCUGCCCUCAGAACCGCUACUGCUCCUGCUUCAUGUCCCACUUCAACGUGUACCUCGUGCUCAUCAUAUGUAACUCUGCCAUCGACCCACUGAUCUACGCCUUCCGCAGCCCGGAGAUGCGCAAGACCUUCAAGGAGAUCCUGUGCUUGCAUGGCGUCAGCGCGCCCUGCCGGUCCCUGGGCAGGUUCUCCACGGACAGCCGCCUCUCUGCAGCUCCCUCACUGCCCUCGUGACCAGGUCGGCCAGGGCAGCCCAAACCGGACACCGUCACGCGUCCUUUCUUCCACCUCCAAUCUGUGCUUAAGAUGCAGAUGCCCCGGGCGGUCAUCGGGUCAGAUGCACACAGGCCACCUCUCCGUUCUGGGGACGUCUGACGGCUUCUCACUGCUCCUGCCCCUGCCCCUACCCCUACCCCCUUCUGGAGUCCACGUGUCCCCGUCUGCGAGGUGUGCACUCAGGGAUGUGGAGCAGGUCUCAGCUGAUGAGCACGGAGGCACAUGAAGGAAAAGCUGUGAACACCCCCAGGAGGAGGCCUGUAACUUUGUGUGGUGCCCUUGGGAGUUACGCACGCUUUUCAGGGCAGAGCGAUCAAAUUCUUUCCAUUUGAAAUUUCCUGCUCGUUUGCCGCGGGCCAUCCCUACAGCUCUCCUGUCCUGGACGUUUGGUUUCAGUGCUUGUGUCCAUGAUUGUGCAAGGGUGGAAUUUCUUUGAUUAUGCUUCUGUCAAUCACGUUUUUGCACUUACCCAGACAUAAAACUUCGUGCCGCAAAACUUGCCUCAUGUGGGAUGAAAAUCUCUGUGACUCUUUCUUACUGUCUUGUUCUGACUCAGUCCGGAGUUUCCAAAUGAGUGUUUUGGGGGUGUGUGAGGACUCCAGGCACCUCUGGGCUGCAUGUAGCCCACCCCACAGCCAAGCUACCUUUGACCUUCUCAGCUGGGAUCUUGGGGUCUGAAACCCCAUCACUGUCUUUGCACUUUGCAAUCUGACUCCAGCAGCCAGAGUAGGUCAGGGGCCCCACCUCUAACCCAGGGAGCCUCAUCUUCUCCAAUGUAGGAUGGAGUGAGGGAACAUGAGGUCAGUCCUGACUCUGCCACUAAUGGGUGAUGUCACCUUAAUCAGCUCAUUUCAGGCCCUGCAUCUGUGCUGGUGCUGACCUUACAGAACGGUCGUCAGAACUGAUGAGAAAAUGUGGGAGCACUUGAAUCCUGGAAAGCACCACAGGGACUGUCUAUGUAUUCUAAAGGACGGUUGCAGAUGGAGGUCAAUGCUUGGAGAGGGUGUGGAGAGCCACGGUCAGAGCACAGGUCAGAGCAGCAGUCAGGGCAGAGGUCAGGGCAGAGGGGACCUGCGUUGCCCUGGAGCAGGUGUGGGCCUUGGGUGCGUCUUCCUCGUCCCAGUGGCCGCGUCCAAUGUGAAAGGCUUGGCCCUCACAGUUCUGAAUUCCAUUCUUACUUUUGGUGUUAAUUCUGUCCCUUUUAUUUUGGAUAUUCGUGUCUGGAUGUCCCCAGUGAAGGAAAUGUGUAAACGUUAGGGUUACCCGCUGACGAGUGUGAGGCCUGCGGGGCAGGGGGCCUUCCUGGUGCAGUGCGUGGACAGCCUGUAGACCUGACCCCGCCGGCAGCUCAGUGCAGACGUGAGUCAGGUGCAGAGACAGCACGCCUCUGGGAAGAGGUAGGCUGGCUGCUCGUUGACAGCUGAGCUGUGAGGGGCAGGCAGCCCUCGGGCGCCUCUGGGAAGAGGUAGGCUGGCUGCUCGUUGACAGCUGAGCUGUGAGGGGCAGGCAGCCCUCGGGCGCUUCCUGCCCUAUCAGCUGAACGUUCCUGUGCAAGCGUGGAUGAGCUCCGUGCAGGCGUGUGGACCCGCCACCCGCGUUGUGUGGGCGCCUAGGAGCCCAGGCUCUGUCAGUGCUGGCCUCUCGCCGCCCAGCUUGCCUUGGUGGCCAUGCUGCCACCACAGUUUCUAGCACUCCGUUGAUGUUCGUGUUGCUGAACAGAAGUGUCCUCAGCCCGCUGCCUGGCAGCGCUCACUGAGUGCUGACUGAGCUUACCGGGGCCCGAUCCCGUGGGUGGAAUGAGACUUCGGCCCUUGGGGUUUACACUGGCUCCACCUGGGAGCCAGGCUGACUCACUGCUCUGGGUGCGUCGUGACUGCAGACAAGGUCUGACCUCUUCCACAAAGUCCUUAAGGAGAUGCACAGAUGUCUUUUAUCUCUAUUAUUAAUAGGCAGAAAUAACCCGAGUGUUUAGACGUGUCUUCCUUGGGAAGCAAUGCGUGUGCAUGGAGACCCGGUAACCACCUGUAAAUAAGCCAACCUCGGGAUCCCAGCACAAAGUCCCCCAAACAAAAAUCCAGGUAACCGUGGUACGGUUUUGUUUAUUAGCUCUUUCUGCUUCUGUAGGAACUUUAUUUGAUGUAAAAAUGUGUGUUCAGAAAUGGUUAAUAAAAUGGAAGGAGCAGACGGCCCAUCUGAA